CUUUGCAAAAGAGGUUUGACUUAGCGGAAAGAGAAAUUUUUAAUGCCUCAAAUCUCUUGCAAAGAGGUUUUUGACUUAGCAGAAAGAGAGAGAGAGAUAUGAUGGAGAAGAAUCCGUUAAUGGAGGCUGCUCGAAAAGGAGAUGUCGAGUAUUUACUCCGAUCAACGGAAUCCGAUCCUACUAUUCUCGAAAGUUAUUGUUGUAAACGGCGAAGAAACGCCGUUACACGUUGCCUCCAUGUACGGACACUUUAUAGUUUCGUCAGGGAAGUCCUGAAACUAAGAGAGAGUGAGAGGAAGAGUUCGUGUUCUUGAUGAGUGAGUGUCUGCAAAUCCGGAGUCUCUUGAAGAAAUCACUGCCCCUGGAGAGACCGUGCUUCAUCUUGCGGUUAAGUACUAUCAGUUUGAUGGAUUCGUUGUUUUGUUGGAACGUCUUAAGGAAUUUGAUAAGCUUUGUGUGUUGAAUAAGCAAGACAAUGGAAGGAACACAGUUUUACACUUAGCUGUUCAAAAACGACAGUACGAGGUGAUUGACUUGUUGCUUGGCUCUAAUAACACAAUCCCACGAAAUGUUAUUGAAAUGAACUCUUUAAACUCCAAUGGCUUCACACCUCUUGAUGUGUUACUUCACUUUGGAGGUGAACCAGAAGACGUGGAGAUUCAUCAGAUCCUCAUUAAAUCAGGAGCUGUAAGAUCAAGAGAUCUCGACACAAGACAAUCUACAACAACGACAGAAAAUGAAACAACACCGUCAGAAGAAUCCCUGCCUGAUGACUCACAAGCAAUGGCUAGAUUACUUCAAGUACAAGAAAGACAGAGUCUCACCUAAGGACGUUCGCAAUGUUAUCGCGAUUCUGAUAGCCACAGCGACUUAUCAAGCCGUUCUAAGUCCACCUGGAGGUGUCUGGCAAGAAGAUUACUGCAUUGAUGGAUUCUGUCAAGUAACUGAUCUGAAAGGAAACAUAACAAAACCGGUUUACUACGCUGGAACAACGAUAAUGGGAUCAAAGAGCUGGGUCUCUUACGGCAUUUUCAUCUUCUUAAACUCGAUCGGAUUAUUCACUUCUAUUGAACUAAUCUCUUUGCUCACAAAAGGUCUCCCUUUCUACCUUGAGCUGCAAGUUUCAUUGACUGCUGUUGCCUUGACCUAUGGAUUCGCAGUGGCUGCAGUUUCUCCAAACCUCGGAUUAGGCUUGUUCUUCAUGGUGCUAUCUGUGGUAUUACCUAUCGCUGUAGCGAGAAUCCCAAGACUAAUCCGAAAACAUGCCAAGAAAAUCAGAAUCUAUCCUCUAAGAAGUAGUACCACGACCACCUCAUAAAAUCCCAAGUUACAGUCUCAUAUUCCAGUUCCCCUCUCUUUUUUUUUUACUUUCUACAUAGUUAAUACUAUCUUGAUUGGUUUGUGUUCUUGAGUAGUACAUUUAAAGAAACCUGAGUCAAAAAGUAAGUUUUUUUUGUUUUGUUCUGUCAGUUAGCAUUAUUUGUAAAAGCUCUCACAAGUCACAGUCUCUUUUAGCCUAUUUCAAGAUCGGCUACUUGAAUGUAAUUUCUUUAUCGUUA